AUGGGCCCCUAUACCGCCUCCUCAUGCUGCUGCCAGGCCCUAAUCUGCCAUGGGCCCCUAUACCGCCUCCUCAUGCUGCUGCCAGGCCCAUAAUCUGCCAUGGGCCCCUAUAUACCGCCUCCUCAUGCUGCUGCCAGGUCCAGAGUCUGUCAUGGGUCCCUGUACGGCCUCCCAUUGCUGCUGUCUCCAUCGCCACACUCUGCCAUGUGCCACUUUCAGGUCUCCCUCACACUGCUGUGGUUUUCCAUUUUUGUCAGUAGGGUGCUGUAUUGCCUCCAAUUGCUGCAGCCGUCCACCGCCACACUGUGGCUCCACACUCUGGUUUUGGCCCCGUGACUGCCAAAUGAUUGAAGUGUGCGGUGCUGAUUCUAAGAUCGACGGCACUCAUCUGCAUUGCUCAUACUGACUGGACAGAUAUUAAUUUUUUUUCUCUCCCCUGCAGCUCAAGGGCAUUUAUAUUACAGGUACAGUGGUUCUGCACUAAUAUUA